UGGAUAAAAUUUGCGGUCUUCCCUUUUUUUUUUUUUUUUAAAGCUCAAGUUCAAUGCUACCAAAGUUGAAACAGCGCUGGACGAACACACCGGCUAUAUUUCGAGGUACAGAUUGAAUGAGAGCUCUUCUGUUCUGGAAACAUCGAUUUUCACUUCAACCUUCGUGAUGCGCAUGCUCGAUCAAUCCCGGGCGCUAGCUGGUAGCAGACGACACUUGGCUGAAUACUAGCGCGCGCUCGAGUACGAGUCGUCUGCUGGCGCGCACGGCCUCGCUGUGCAACUUGGAUGAAAGCUUGAAACACUCGCUGGGGCUGUAGAGUGGAAAGAGAGACUGGCCCUUUGAAAGGCUACAGACCGUCCCUGCUUUUUAUAUCUGAAGUUUCGGAAUUGCUUAGACGGACAGAUGAUUAUUUGUGGCACUUUUUUUUUUUGGUCCCAGCACGUCGCAAGGUGAAAGUUACUCUUGUGAUAUUUAGCAGAAAACAAGGACAGGACAUGAACUGUCCUCUUCGACACUGCUGAAACCAAAAUACGGUGAGAAAUACAAAAACCACAGUCCGGGUACUUGGUUCCAAAAUGCCAGCUUUUCCAACAGGCCAUGCAAGUAAGCACAGCAUGGGAGUAAUGUGGUUAGAUAAUUGCCGCGGCGAAUUUUCCUGUCGCCUAAAUGGAUUUCGUUUGUGUCAAGAAUUGUGUCAGCUGUGAUAUCGACAUCAGUUGUGUAAGACCGACACUUUCUGGGUGGCGCAAAUGGUGAGAGGAUUGUGUUCCUGAUACCCGAUACCAACUGUGUAAAUACCCGAUAACGGGGUUUGUGUGUGUGACUGCCCUCUACCCACUGUUUGAAUACCGAUACCAAGUGUGUCAGCACCCUAUACAGCUGUGUAAAUAACGAUACCGACUGUGUAAUUACCCAUACCAGCUGUUUGAGUAGAGAUACGGACUACGUAAAUUCCGGAUGCCAGCUGUUUGAAUAUGAAUGUCAGUUACGUGAAUACCAGUGCCAACGGUGAGCCAGCUGUGUGAAUAAAGUUAUCUCACAUGCGAGGGUGAGUAGUGUGAGGCGAGGCGUCAUCUGUCUUGAUGGCGAGACUUGGCGACAGAGUGGUUCAUCUGUCCAACCGUACUUGGUGCGCGGCGCGGAGGACCACCUACGCGGCUGUGACGUCAUGUCCACCUUGCGCGCCCUGUCGGAGUCACGUAACGACGAGGAUUUCUUCGGUAAUGGAUGGAUCGCUCCUCGGACUCGCGUCCUCGGCAGGAAGAUCUUAAUGGAUGGACGGCUGCGUCAGUGAAGUGAGUGGGAUGUUCCAAACGCCGGCAUAAAUCACCGUUCCCUUCUGAGCUCCGAAAGAGCAGAAAUGGAGUAGGCUUGACGGGAAAAUCGCGUUAAGACCACUGCGGCCGGCCGUAGAAAAGUGAGGUGAUGCUUUGCUCACGACGAGAAACCCGCUCUCCUGAAAUUUUUUUGUAGGCGGUAGGAGGAGGGAAAGGAAGGACGCUUGUCUCCGACAAGCUGAAGAAGCAGAAAAGCUCGGCAGCUGUAGCGUCUAAAGACCGAACUCCGCUCACUCUGCCGGAAUUUGAUAAGAGCAGCAGAAAAUGACAGCCUCUUCUCAGGUCUGCAAGGGGCCGGGCCGGAGGGGCAGUGGUGCGGCAGGCUCCAACCCUCGCCUGUCUCGCUCGGCCUCUCCACUCACCGACUCGCCCGCACGACACCACGACCAGCGCCAGCCACCCUCCCGCAGCCAUCCGCUCCACAACGACGACGCCAACGAGAGCGACAACGACUGCAGCAACGGCGCGGCCCAGGAUGGGUUGGUGCCUCCCGCUUCCUUGACAUUCGACUCCUGCAAAACACCUGACCACACACUCGCCCCGCUGGGGGACGAUGACCAGGUCUCUGCGGGCGAGGGCGGCGACACGGAGGAUCCCGGCGGCAGCGAUUCCGAUGCAUCCCCGCCGACCAGCCCCUCCAGAGCCGAGCGACGGCCGCUGAAAGUCGAGUUCUCCAUCAUGGAGGAAGGCGGUGUGGGGAUGCGGCGCAAGAAGGUGGACGUGGAGUGGCAGGGGUCGCUGCAGUCGCAGGUAAGGCGCGACCUGGACAGUAUCACCAAGAGCGGCUCGUCCACGGCCCGCUUUCGGCAGGCGCGCCUGUCGCUGCUGGGGAAACCGCUGAGCUACAAGGCUCACAAGCGGGACGUGAGGUACCGGAGGAUGCAGGCCAGGAUCUACAACUUCCUGGAGCGUCCCAAACUGUGGAAGGCUUGGAUUUAUCAUUUCUUCGUGUUUUUCGUGGUCCUGGGCUGCCUGACCUUGGGAGUGCUGUCUUCCAUUUCUGAUUUUGAAAGUCUGCUGAGUGCCUAUACCGUGUACAUGGAAAUCGUGAUCUUGGUGUGGGUGACCCUAGAGUUCAUCGUGCGGCUGUGGUCUGCAGGCUGCCGGUCCCGUUACCAAGGGCUGGCUGGACGCUUUAAGUUCCUGCAGCGCCCCCUGUGUAUCAUUGACAUGGUGCUCAUCAUGGCUGGCGUCACGACGCUGGUAGUAGGAAGCACGCAGGAGCACUUCGCGACCUCCGUCAUCAGUGGCCUCCGCUUCUUCCAGAUCCUGCGGAUGGUGCGCAUGGACAGACGGGGAGGCACGUGGAAGCUUCUCGGCUCCGUGGUCUGGGCUCACAGUCAAGAGCUGAUAACCACGGUGUACAUCGGGAUGCUGGCCCUCGUCUUCUCCUCCUACUUCGUCUACCUCGCCGAGAAGGAUGCCCCCGGCCCCACUCGCGAGGGGGAGAAGGCCGGCAGCCCACCCAAGUUCAGCAACUUCGCUGACUCCAUAUGGUGGGGAGUGGUCACGCUGUGCACGGUGGGAUAUGGCGAUGUGGUGCCGACGACUUGGGGUGGAAAGGUCAUCGCUUCAUUCUCCGCCGUCCUGGGGAUUUCUUUCUUCGCUCUUCCGGCAGGUAUCCUGGGUUCGGGUUUCGCCCUGAAGGUGCAGCAGCAGCAGCGGCAGAAGCACCUGAACCGCCGCCGCGUGCCUGCCGCCGAGCUCAUCCAGUGUCUGUGGCGCUGCUACGCGGCGGACGAGCACUCAGUGUCUGUGGCGACCUGGAAGCCCCACCUCGUGCCCUGCCCCAGCCCCACGGCGGACCGCCCGUGGAAGAACAACACGUCGUUUGUCAGUCGCUUCUCCACCAGGCGGCGUGACCGCUCCAGCACCAACAACAACUCGAAGACAGACAGCAAUGCCCAGUCACCCAUGUCAGUCCGACACAGUGCCAGGCGGUCGGCGAUCUCCACAUCUGAGGAGGAAGUGCCCAAUGUCUUAGGCAGGAGUCACCUCAGUCUCGCUACUGGCUUUGUGGAACCUCGACAAAUGGAGUUACUUCCGGUAAAGAAAGAAAACUCAGCUGGAUCCAUUUGCAAAGAUUCCGAAGAAGAGCCUGAAUUGUCUCCCCGCAUCACACAGCUGACGGAGCAGGACAAGCGAGCCAUUCGCGCACUACGCAAGAUCCGCUACUUCGUGGCCAGGCGGAAGUUCCGCGAAGCACUCAGGCCCUAUGACGUCAAGGACGUGAUUGAACAGUACUCCGCUGGUCACAUCGACAUGCUCGCCAGGAUCAAGAACCUCCAAGGACGCCUGGACCAGAUUCUUGGGAGACAGGGAAGCAAGAGCAAGGAUGUGUACGACUCCAAGAUCAGUCUUGCCUCCAGAGUGGUCAAGGUAGAGCGGCAGGUGGAGGACAUUGAGUCUAAGGUUGACCUCCUGAUCGACAUGUACAAGGAAGACCGCAAGAUCCUCCUCCAGCAUCUCCAACUCCAGUACGGAACGCAGUCCCCGGGGCCGCCGCCCUCCCAGGUCAAGCCACGCCCCAUCCUGGUUGACAAGCAGUUCACCAGUGAGCCGGCCACGCCCACCGGCGUGGGUCAGAACCCCAACCGCCCCAUGCACCGCAACCUGUCGGACCUCAGUCAGAGGAUCAAGAAGCGGGUGACGUACCGGUGCCUGUCCCUCCACGACCCGCCCAAGAAAAACCCGCCCACGAACUUGAAAUCGUCCGGAAGUGUCUCCGCGCAUGGCAGCAGCCCCCUGGCGGCCGCGGUUCGUAGCAACGAGGGUGGUGGGCGUGGUGAUGGCGAGGGACAUGAGUUGGAGGGCGUGGCUCUGAACCCUUCGCAUCCUUCUUCAUCCCACACUCUGCUGCCUCCCUCUCCCAGAGCCGCCCAUCCUUUGUUUUCCUCGGCGGACUGCGGGGGGUCGUCCGGGGGUCAGAGUGAGGAAGCCCUCAUCGACUUCACCAGCGCCCCCGACGAGUAUCAAAGUGACACGUACCGUUUCGACGAUCCUCACCUUCUCUACCCUUCGCCACACGCGUCACCAGUUCUGCCUCCAGUCAGUGCGCAUCAGGUCUUCGCGCACGCGCAAGCGCCGCUUCCGGUUGUGACGUCGCACCUGACCUAUUCCGUGCUUAGUACUCUCAGUGAACAGAAGAGCAUAGAGUCGGACACAAACAUUCCUUUCCUUGACGGACCUCUUUCUGAAGACUCUCGCGGCUCCAGGGCGCCGGAUGACGUCACCGGAAAUGGUGGUGGUGAUGACUGUGAUGAUGACGAGAGUGGUGGUGCUGUCGGAGUCUGCUCCACUACCUGCUCCAAAACGGAUCCCUCGGGAAUACCUACUUUGGAAAGUCUCACUGAUUUUCAUGUCGACUGCGACUCAACAAGACUGACAUACUCAUGAUUCUCUCUCUCUCUAUCAUGUUCCCUGCAUCGUUCUUUUCUCCUCACACAUGCACGCGCACAAACACACAAACACACAAACACACACACACUGCCGAUAGCAGUGGACGUUUCUGUUUACAAACAAUGGAAUCCUUUGUGCUUCUUUGAUCUUCUUGGCAAUGGUCUGUUGAAGUUAAGUACAAAGCUUCGCAGGAAGUUCCUACCAAUGUUGACAAUUCAGCUUUUGCUCGGAUAUCAAAUGUUUGUUGAUGUUUGCAUUGUUGACAUAAGCGACAAACUGUCGUCAAAUGUCAUGUUUGUUACACGCGUUAAUACAGGAGAACAGGGAGGUUUGUCCAGACCAUAUCUACUUGUAUAUUUGUUGGGUUUUGUCUUACCAGACAGUCUCAGCCGCAAAGAAAAGGGAGAUUUUAUUUCCAGGUGUCGUGUGGAGAAGACUUGUUGUUUAGAGAUACAGCGAUGUCUUACACUUAGUCGACAUCGGCCAUGGAUAUUCGCAAAGAUAUUUGUAGACAUUUGUAAUGAAGCAUUAGCCAAAGAAAAGAAUUAUGCACAUUAUUAUGCCAACAUGACACCUGUUGGUCAAAGAGGAGGCAAUGUAAUUAAUCCUACAUGCUGGUCAGUAACUAUGUCGGCAUCUUCUGUGACAAGUUCGUGUUCUUCAGGUCGCCUGGGCUUCCUUCCCCGCCCAUCUUAUCAAGGGAGAGUAGUCUUUGCUGCUUGGUUGGUUAGUUGAUUACCUGGUUACCUGGCAGGCUGGUUGGCUGGAUGGUUGGUUGGAAAGUUCUUCCAGCUUGAGGAAAGUUCGGACUAUGGGAGAGAGGGAAGAGGAGGAAACCGAUAUUCCCGUAGAAAACCCUUGACAGCCGGCUCUAUGAGCAAACGUCACAUACAGAGUGUCCCGAGAGGAAAUAUGAACCCAGGGCAUCUGAAAUGGUGACAAGCGAGUGUUUGAACCACCACCUGACCAGGCUCCAUCUUGACCCUGCCAUCGUCGUCCUUAGCAACACAGGUGGGCGGGAGGGGAGAAGGGCGGUAGGAUUGAAGACACUGAUUUCCGAUGUCAUAAUUUUUGUUGACUACAGAAUCAGGAUACAUUUUGUGUUUUUUUCGGGUGAAUUAUUUUUCUUCUUUUUAGUGCGUGGGGGGUAGAGCAAGUGUGCCUGUGCAGGACUGUUAUCUUUUAGCACUCCAGGAAAUAAUUAUGUCUCAGUACAUCCCUCUGAUAUACGUAUAUUGUUAUACCAAAGUUCACAUUUUGUUGAAACAUAACCGCGUCUUCCUGAGCCUCUGUCGAAAAUACAUGACAGUGACAAGCAUGCACACGACUCUGUCAGCUGACAGUGUAUAGGACUCUGUCAUAUGACAGUGUAUAGGUCUCUGUCAAAUGGCCAUCCACACUUAGAACAGCAUCCCCCACAUGUACAUUCCGUGCCUACGAGGGGGGAGGUGAGGAGGAGGAGGGACGAAUCAUCAGUAAAGGAGACAUGUGGGCAAUGGCCACACUCAGCUAAUUAGCAGGCUGACAUAAUGAGGCCCACAUCACACAACAUGUUGUAACAAAGAGGCUUGUGUCUGCCUUUCUACAAUCUUGUCCUAACACUCGUCAGUUUUCAGUAGAAAGUCUUUAUACCAUACAAUCAUUGGUCUAGUCGCCAUCACUGACCUGCAGUCCAUAGCCACCUUCAUGGCAAUCACAUGACCCUCCUACCGCAACAAGCCCAGGUUCAAAUCCUCUAGUGCUCUCUCUUGCCAGCCGCCUCAUACACUGCGUAAAACAAACCUUACUAAACUGUUCAUAUAUUACAAUGCACGCUUUUUCAUUUCAUGAGUGCAGGCACGCACGCACACCUGCAUACACACUUUAAAAUUAAAAAACAUUUGCUGAUGAGGGGCAAAAGAAGCUUUCUAGAAACAUCACAUUACUCGGGGCAGCCUGGCACGCGACGCCAUCGGUCUUACCUGCUGGACCUAAUUUUAACUGAUGCAAAAAAAUAAAUAAAUAAAAAAUAAAUAAAAACUUAAAUAUCCCUCUCAUCUGGUUCAUUAAAGUAAGUUCAUUAACGGCACACAACUGCACGCCCCACUCCCCUCGAUUUAAUCUGCUCAGCUCCACUCCCCUGUGUUCAAUGAGAUCGCACCGGAACCUCUGUUCAAGCAUCUUAACAUGGCGGAAGAACUUUGGUUAAGUCUCCUUUUUCAUCGCUGGUGGAAGAAGAAAAAUAAUACUGUAACAGUUUGCAUAGCAUCCUGAGUAUGACACUUUAGCAUGUUUGUACACAUGUUCACUACGGUACGAACACGCGUGAGUGUGUGGGUGUGUUGGUGUGUGUGGAUGUGUGUGUGGGUGGGUGUUGCAUCCACGACUGAUAACCAUUUGCAGGACAAGAGGAAGAUAAAAGAAAAUCCUCAGAAUUCUGUUUCGCGCGCAGCACGCGAUAUCUAAAACAAAUUUCACUGUUUCUAUCUGAAACUAAAACAACCAGAAUGAACACCACAGCUUCGAUUUGCUGUCAUCAGCACCUCGACUCCUCCGAUUUAAUGGGGCAUGCCUUUCGUACGAGUGAUCGAUCUUGCCGCCAGGGGGAGUCAGUGGUGGACUGGCAGGCAGUGAGUUGCGCUCAGUGACAGGGCCACUCUAGGUGUCAACUCUCACAGCCCAGCCUCAGGAGAGCUUCCAAUGAACACGAGGAAAAUCUCGAAAUAAAUCGUUAAACUUUCUGCACUUCUCAUCCUUUUCAGUCUCAGCAGACGUUCGUACCUGCACGAGCUGACGACUUUGUCUCAAGAAUGGAACUCACUUUUUCAUAUCUCUAUUCAAAUUAUAAUUAUUAAAAUUAAGGGAAGGAUUUUGGCAUAUUUCACUUCGUGUUCCUCACAACAAUAUCGUCCAGAUAUAGCCUUAGUUGCUGUUUUAAACUCAAAUAACUAACUGAAAGCAGUGAUCUGAUUGCCACGGAUUUUAUCCAAUGAGAGGCUUUUCUUGUUUAAACAAGAAGUUUAAUUAUGUUAAAAAAUAAGUAUAACUGUUUACAUCGAUGCCGUCUAACCUUUGUCAGUAUUUCCCUAAUAGAAAUCGAAAACCCAUUCAGUCCUGUGUAUCCAGGGCAAUGCAGGAGGACCGGCAGGCGGCUGUCUGGAACCCUGUCGAGGACAAACCAACAUCAACAGACCCGGUGGCAUACGUGCUCUUGUCAUCUCGCUGCUCACCCGAGUGAAGUCCUCGCCUCUGGGAAGCUGACCCCCGACAAACCUCGUUGCACGGCCUUGUACACCUGCAACCAAUUUAUUAUUGUCCCUUUAGGGUUCUGGGACUGGAGGCGCCUCCAUCGCCGCACUCCAUUGCUCGCUUUGAUUGCUUUUCCCUGUCUAAAUUUCUCCCGUGAUGAUGGCCGGUUACUGUCCCGAUCACGGACGAGUUCGUGGUCCUGAUAGUCCUGCCUGAUCACAAUAAUUGAGAAAUCUUAUUAAAUUUUUGCUUAAUAAUUUUCUUGAGUUAAAAAUUGAGAGAUUGAGCCAUGUGGUGGUCUAAACAACUACAUCUCUCAUGGACUUCCGUACAGCCAUCUUCGAAAGGCAAUAGCUUUGCUAAAUAUCUGGCUUCACUAAGUCGCCGUUCUCUCUACCCCAUGGACUGGAGGGACACAGCAACAAUUUUGUGUGUUCUUUUAGUUCUCUUAUUGCCUGCACCAGAGAUGAAAGUUCUUGUGCAAUAUAGUGUCACCAAGCAGCUCGAAACAUGUCCUCCUAACCUCAUGUAAUUUUCAACUGUCCUCUGACCUCCUCCCCUGUCAUGUCUUCAAACAGACUGCAGCUGUGUCAUUAGAACAUGGUGUUUAGUCUCUUUUGUUAUCCUAGUCAGGGUAAUUGAUUGUGGAAAUUAUCAACAACUGGAACAUUUGAAACUUGAAUGUGCGUUUACAGGAAAAAGAGAGACAGAGACAGAGCAGAACUGUAACUGUGGGUCGUCAUCUAGAAACUUAUCUUCGGUUCCGACUAAGAACUCAAACUCUUCACUCAAUCCUCUUUUCUAAUCUUUUCCUAAGCAUCCAUUCACUGCGCUCAUCAUAUGUGCUGAUAGCUUACAUUAAUAGUGGUUGGUCAUGUGAACAUUGGAAGAAGGUGAAUAUUGUAAACAUGUUUUGAUUGAUAAGCUAUGUUUCAACCAGACAACGCCACUUGUCAAUAUGGUCGUUGACAUGGCUAGUCAAGAGGAUUGUGAUAAUCUGGUAUUAUUCCUUUCUUGUUAAACAUUGUUUUAUAUAUGAUUAAUAUUUACAACGUACAAUAAAUGCAUUUAGUUAACAACA